CAUCGUCGCCCAGGAACCAGCACCCCCUCUCCAGCCAUCAACAACGCAGCAUGCCGCCUCGUACUUCCCAUGGGUCAGAUUGCGCGAUUGCCUUUUUUGGGGGGAGAGUCUCGAUUUCUCUGGAGAGGUCACUCCGAACCACACACGACAGCAUCCGCAGCCACGAAGCGCCACUCCAGACCCGGUCUCAACGGUCGGGCCAUUUCCAUUUGGCGGUUACUUCGAUAGAUUGUGUUCUCGAAGUCCCGUGCAACCUACACAUUUUUCCCCCUGCCCUCAGCCGUCGCCAUCUAGAAGACCCUGUAGACUGAACUGAUGAUGCCAACAAGUGAGGUGAGUGACUGCGACCGACGGCGUACGUGUGUUUCCUGGCUGCAGCGUCCCAUUGCGCCAAUAAUCCAGGCCUACUCAGCGGGGGGGGGGGAACCACCAGAACGUCACCGCCCGGCCAACUGCCUAUCGAGUAUCGACAGAGUGAGUCUCUUGCUGGCCCGGCUCGACCAUGGAUCAAGCUCCCCCAGACCCAGCGGAUCUGCUGCUCACUUGACUCUCCCUUUGCCCCAUGCGAUACAUCAUACAAUCCGGGACAGGGACGUGAGAAUCCGGGAUUCAUCUUCGGAAGGCAGCCCCCUCAUCCUGGCUGGGGGACCGCUGGUAAGCGAGCAGCUCGUCUGCAGUCUGCAGUUACACGCAGCUCGGGAUGCGGUCGGCCAUUGGCCCGCGACCGAUCAUAGUCUCAGCCCUGGAUUCCGAGCCCUCGAUCGACUCAGCGACGGAAUUCAAUCUCUAUUAGCCCCGGUUACCAGUCCGCGGGGGACAAAAUGCAUUCAUCGGCAUUCCUCCAUCCAUCCUGGGGACGAGAUGCUCGCCCACGUCACUCUGAUAUGGCCCGAAAAUGGUAACCUGGUUCGUCAUCACCAGCACUUCUUCCACGUACCCCCCGAUGACACCAAUCAGUAUAUGAUAGCUGAGGUGGAUGGUUCUGCGGGGUAAACAAGGUGGGGAGACUCCCAAGCUGAUUGCCUGCAUGGGAGAUGAAAAAUGACCGCAAACAACCCAUCUUUUCUUUUUCAGUGCACCUGUCUGUCU